CCGGCAAUCCCAGCAUGCACCGCGGCCUUUCCAGCAGUAGCAAAAAAUAGUCCGUUAACGAGCGAGCGAGAGAGAGCAAAAUAGAGCGAGAGAGGCCGAGAAAAGGAACACGGAGAAACGCUAGCUUAACUGGCUAAUUCCACGAGUGAAAUCAAGUGCGCCGCAACCGCAAGCAUGGCAGAUAACGACAAACUGGACAACCAGCGACUGAAGAAUUUCAAGAACAAGGGUCGGGAUUUGGAGUCUAUGAGAAGACAAAGGACGGAGGUAGUGGUGGAGCUGCGAAAGAACAAAAGAGACGAGCACCUCCUGAAGAGAAGAAAUGUCCCCCACGAGGAUAUUUGCGAGGAUUCCGAUGUGGAUGGAGAUUUCAGAUCGCAAAACACCUCUCUUGAAGCAAUAGUGCAAAAUGCCACCAGUGAUAACCAGGGCAUCCAGCUGAGUGCUGUUCAGGCUGCCAGGAAAUUGUUGUCGAGUGACCGCAACCCUCCCAUAGACGACUUGAUCAAGUCUGGGAUUCUUCCUAUUCUUGUCCACUGUCUGGACAGAGAUGACAACCCUUCUCUGCAGUUUGAGGCAGCCUGGGCUCUGACCAACAUAGCGUCUGGCACCUCGGAGCAGACCCAAGCUGUGGUGGAGUCCCACGCUGUGCCACGGUUCCUGAGGCUGCUUCACUCCCCCCAUCAAAACGUGUGUGAGCAGGCGGUGUGGGCUUUGGGCAACAUCAUUGGUGAUGGCCCACAAUGCAGAGACUACGUGAUAGGCCUGGGCGUUGUCAAGCCGCUGCUGUCUUUCAUCAGUCCCUCCAUCCCAAUCACUUUUCUGCGCAAUGUCACCUGGGUUAUGGUCAAUCUCUGUCGGCAUAAAGACCCUCCACCUCCCAUGGAGACCAUCCAAGAGAUUCUGCCAGCUCUGCGUGUGCUGAUCCACCACACUGACGUUAGUAUCUUGGUCGACACGGUGUGGGCUCUGUCCUAUCUGACGGACGCUGGGAACGAGCAGAUCCAAAUGGUGAUUGACUCUGGCAUUGUCCCUCACCUGGUCCCACUGCUCAGCCACCAGGAGGUCAAAGUCCAGACCGCUGCCUUGAGGGCCGUGGGCAACAUUGUGACUGGAACAGAUGAGCAGACGCAGGUGGUGCUAAACUGCGAAGCCCUCAACCACUUUCCUGCCCUCCUGUCGCACCCCAAAGAGAAAAUUAACAAGGAGGCAGUGUGGUUCCUGUCAAACAUCACAGCAGGAAAUCAACAGCAGGUGCAGGCGGUCAUUGACGCAAAGCUAGUCCCCAUGAUCAUUCACCUUCUGGACAAGGGUGACUUUGGAACCCAAAAAGAAGCAGCCUGGGCCAUCAGCAACCUUACAAUAAGUGGGAGGAAAGAUCAGGUGGCACAUCUGAUCGAUAAGCAGGUCAUCCCUCCAUUCUGCAACCUGCUCACAGUGAAGGAUGCCCAAGUGGUGCAGGUGGUCCUGGACGGCCUCAGCAAUAUCCUGAAAAUGGCUGACGACAAGGCUGAAACCAUUGCUAAUCUCAUUGAAGAGUGUGGCGGUUUGGAGAAAGUGGAACAGCUGCAGAACCACGAAAAUGGCGAUAUCUACAAGCUAGCAUAUCAAAUUAUUGAUCAGUUCUUCUCAUCUGAUAUUGAUGAAGACAACAGCCUGGUCCCCGAAGCCAUCCAGGGUGGAACUUACGGCUUCAACUCCGCCAAUGUGCCAGCUGAGGGAUUCCAGUUCUAGACGGCAUCCGGGGUAUUCUGGAGUUUUGUUCACGAUGCAGCACUCUGUUCAACAUAAACAAAAUUAGGCGAGA